ACAUAUACUGGAUCGGAGACAAGUGGGGAUUUCGCAGUGUGUGUUGAGGUUUUGAACCCUCCUUCUGGUGGUGCUACCCAACCAUUCAAUGUUACCCUACUUCCCGCAGAAGAAAUUUCCAACCAACAUCAGCAAUGGGUGCAAUGUAGCACAGUGUUUGAAUUUGAACGAGGAACCUCUGUGGAGUGUGUUGACUGCAGCAUCGCCCAAGAUGAUGAGUGUUACAACAGCACGUCCUUUGAACUGAUCCUUGGUGUACCAUCUACAUACACACUCCAUCCAUCAAGAUCGAGGACUAGAAUCACUGUUGAUGAUAGCAGAGAGCCAGAAUGUUAUGUGAGAGUUGGUUAUGAGCACACAAGUUACACCAUAUCAGAACUGAGAGCUAAUAAAGAGAUUUGUGUCACCAGCUUGUCUCCCGGAAUUGACGAAAGUUUCACCAUCAAUAUUGCAACCAACUCCACACUCAACUCACUGGGUCUCUUUCAACAGACUUCAAAUAGCCUUCAUUUUGUGGUCAGCUACCGGUUAAACCCAUCUUUGAAAGCGUGCUAUAUGACCACUUUUGACUUUGACGUGGACGAUAUAUGUGAGCGUUUCAAAUGCAGUGAAAUACAGCUGGAGUCAACACUGACCAAAGUCGAUGAAACAGCUCGUGUGUAUCUCAGUAGACCAACCGCUGUAUUGGUUAUUGAACUGCCAGAGAGGUGCAGAUGUCUCCCAACUCCAUCUAAC